UUGCACCGUUCCCUUAACAACACAACACAACUCGCCAACUUGAUAUUUUGGUGCUCCCAGUUGAGUCAUAUCGUCACCUAUCAUAUGUGAUCCAAAUAACUUGUCCACCACACAAUCAUUACCCAAAUAUGCCAUUUCUUUUGUCUGCAAAAUUAUAAACCACUCCAUUCAUGUUCACAUGUGAAGGUUCAACCACAGUCCUAUCCCCUAUAUAAAGGAUCCUCACCUUUAUUUUUGUGAUUUGUUGCCAGCUGCUAUAAAAAGUUCUCCUUUCCAAUAGUAAUCUGAAAUUGCAUAGAUUAGAGGGUCAUCAACACCAAGGACUCUUGAGGAUCUCAAAAGGGUAUACCUUUCUUUUUCUUUUUUCUCCUCUUCCUUUUCCAACCCCAAUAUUUCUUCUUUGGAAAUCGGUGUUAUCUCCUCAACAAUCAGCAUUCAGCAUCAUUACUUUUCCCUGUAGUCAUGUCAAAUUGUUUUCUGUUUCAAGAAUCAAUAAACUUUUCCCUUUUCUAGUUUUUUACCUGAAGAAAUAAUUUAGUUAACAGUUAUUGAUCUUUUUCCUCAGUGUUUUGUACAUAUACUCCAAAAACAAGAAUCAAUCAGAGAGAAAGCAUGCUGCUAAGAAGCUCUUCAACUCCAGUUCUUGGUUCUCUCCUCUCUUCAUUCACAGAUAGUCCUAGUAAUAACAUUCACUCUGAAACCAGCCAUGCAGUCAAGCAUCUACCACCAACUAGUGUCCCCCAACAUUAUCAUAAACUUUCUAUCCAUCCAAUUCUCUCUUCAUUCUCAUGUGGGUCUUCUCCAAUCUCUCCCUCUAUUGCUGAACUUGAACGCCAAAACAAAAGCUUUAGAAGAGUUCAAUCUGAAGGGAACUUGCAAGAUUUGGCCUUUUCUUCUUGCAACAACAACGAAGACAGAUUCGAGUAUUCAGAUCCUCCAAAGUGGUUUUCAGCUAGAAACAGGUGCUUGGUGCUGGAGACUAUUCCUUCUGUCUCUACUGGAAAGGGAAAAGGCUUGAGUGAAGAAGAGGAAGACGAAGAAACAGAAAGUGACAUUGAAUAUGAGGAAAGAGGAGGAGGGUUGAGGGAAAACCAAAGAAAAGAUGACGGGUUUAGUGUGGUGAAUAGAGGCAAUGAUAUGAUACUGAGUGAAGAAGUGAGAGUGAAGGAUGGAGUUUGCAGGGUGAGUUUUGGUGACCAAGAGGUUGGUAGUGAUAAAGAAAUGUUUCUUGCAAAGGGGCUUGGGGUAGAUGUCUGUGGUGAUGGCAUAGGUGGCUGCAUAGGUGGUGGUGGAGGCAGUGGAGGUGAUGAUCAUAACCACAUGGGUUCUGGAGGGCAUGAUGGAGAUAGGCAAGGAGUGGAAGAAUAUUACAAAAGAAUGGUGAAGGAAAAUCCUUGUAAUCCGUUGUUUCUGAGGAAUUAUGCCAAUUUUUUGUAUCAGUGCAAACAAGACCGUGAAGGAGCAGAGGAGUAUUAUUCCCGUGCCAUACUAGCGGACCCAAAUGAUGGAGAAGUUCUAUCACAAUAUGGAAAGCUAGUUUGGGAGCUACAUCACGACCAAGAACGAGCCUCCACCUAUUUUGAAAGAGCAGUUCAAGCCUCUCCCGAAGACAGCCAUGUACAAGCAGCAUAUGCUAGUUUCCUUUGGGACACAGAGGAUGAUAGCAAUGAACCACAAUGUUUACCACAUUCUCAUCAGGGAGCUAUGGCUACUGCUGGUGCUUAGAAAAGUUAUGAAAUGGUGAAUUGAUGAAGUUCGCACGUGUCUUGAAAUGUAUUGGAAGUCUUGUAUUGAAGCCAACGAAUGUUAUAGGGGUUCUGUUGAUAAAGCAGCACACUCUAUUAACUGAUAUCAAAAACUGAUCUACAGCUUUGAGUUUGUGUUACAUAGUAGGGUCCUUUGGACGCAGCUGUGCUACGAGUUUGUGCUGAACCAUUUAAUUAAUCGACGUACUGAUUGAUAACACGUCAUUUCUUUAUAUGGGCAUCGUGCUUAUAUGUUGAUUUGCUGCAUCAAAGGCAAUCCAACUUACGAAGAAAAAAUGAGAUUAGAAAAAGACAAUGGCCAACAGAGGAAACAGCACAUUAUUACAUCUCACUUUACACAUUACUGGAUAUACAAACGGGGAUUGGGUUUCCUAUAGCAACUUUAUUUACGUGGAGAUAUUAUAAAGGGGAGGUAAUCAGAAAUUGUUCCAAUAGCCAGCUUGCAAGGUACAGAGGGUUAAGAAAAGGGAACUUUGAAGAACUAAGUCUAUGUUAUAUAUCUUUAUUUUAAUUUGUUCCAAACGGAAAGUUAGGAGCCCGAUCCAGACAAGUUCAAGAUCUCAGCGAUGACUGAAAGUUCAGUUCAGUAUGGAAAAUGUCAAUGUUAUUUAUGGUCUUGACUGGAGAAGAGUUAAGGAUGGAAGACCUUUAAUGAUUAUGCAUGCAAACAAAUUUCACUUGUUGCUACCAGUCGAAAAUAUGCCGAUAUUUCGGGGACUUUCUUUCAUACAGAAUAUUAUGGGAAUUUACAUGAGAAGAGAGGAAAAUAAAAAGUAUAAGAUGGAUUUAACAUGUUCUAAUGUGAUAGAUGUAAUAGAUGUUUUACAACACAAAAUGUAGCUACACUCGUAUAAUAUUUAAUCAAUCUUUUCUAAAUAAGAAAGCAAAUAAUAAAAUACAAAGAAAUAUGAAAAUUAAUUCUAAAAGAUAUUAUACAAUACUGUAAAUUACUUUAAAAUACAAUU